AUGAACGGCGGCGGUCGGCAACAGGAGGAUGUGAUUGUGCAGCGGCUGGCUACGAACAGUGACCGCGAUGCAGCUGUCAAGACAUCCUUUCGUCAAAGCCGGCGAGCGGGUGCACCUGUGGGGAAAGUGCUGGUGCCGCGAAUGCGCAAUGCCGACCGCGACAUUGUGCGCUCGCUGCGCGAGAUGCAAGCCGAGCAAAAGGCGCUCGCCCAGUCCCAAUAUGAAAUCCUCAAGUAUCUGGACGCCCAAACCCGGCGAAACACCAAGCCCAACAACGCCAACCAACCAAACAAGCCCACAGCCGCUGGCUCCAACGCCCAACAGCGUCAGCACCAACAGCAGCAGCAGCAGCAGCAGCAGCAGCAGCAACACUACCCUCACCAGCGUCAGCACCACCGCCAUCACCGCCACCACCACGGCAGCAUAUGCAGCAACGGCCCCGCUGCUUGCCACUGCCCUGCUGGUGCGACUGCUGCGUCAGCCACACAACAGCUCGUCCCCAAUGCCGCCAACGUGUCCAAGAAACUUAACCAAGUCCAAGACGCAGUCGCAAAGCUGCUCCAGACCUCGACCCCUCUUGACCGAUAUAUGCGUGCACAGCAGCCAUCCCACGAGCACACCGCCUCAACGCCGAGCCCAGUUACUGGAGCAGCUACAGCGUCAGCCAUGUCCACAGCAGCCGCUACGGCGCCAACCUCAACCCCCUUCACCGGCCGCAGCAAGUUGCGACACACAGCGCCACCCCAAGCAACGACAACGACAACGACAACGACAACAACGCAGGCCAAGCCGGCAGUCGACACCACACAACCCACCCGCGGUGCGCACACGGAGAACGGCAAUGAGGCAGACUCCCUGCGGCGAGCGGAGGUCACGCUGCAACGCGUGCUCGCAUCGCGACAGGACCUCGAACAGCACCUGGCCACCAUGCAGCUGGCAGGCGCAGACUACGCUGUACACGCACGCAACCGCAGCAGCGCAGACGAUGGCAGCAGCGGGCACGUUGGUGGAGCCGCCCCAUCCAUUGCGUCGCGAUCUGCACUGGCAAAGGAGGUGGACGUGGCCCUCCGCCGCCUGUAUGCGGAGGCGGCACUCAAGGCUGCCGGCAUUGACGUGUCCACUCCACCUCACGUGCGGUCAGACUGGUCCUCGUCGCCACCAUCAUCGUCAUCGUCCUCGCCGUCAUCGCCACCAGCAUCUCCGCCACCACCUCAGCUGCAGCAGCAGGACGACAGCACCCGAACUGGUCACCGUCGUAUCGGCGCUGCCAAGCGUGUUGGAGCACACGUGCCAAAACAUGCAAGACGUCACAUCUCCCCAACGCGAAAACGCGCCGUGAUGGGUCGAGGGCACCAGCUUACCCGCGUACCCGCGCACGCGCGCGCGUAUGAUCAAGCAUACGCGGGCGUGAGUCACACGCAAACGCCAUCACCCUUUGACGGCGUGUUGCCAGCAUAUCGCACCACGCGCGCGUCCCGACUGCGCCAGGAGCAUGUGGCACAGGCCCACGCUGUCACGACCGCACAACACUACAACACACACGAGUCACACAAGUCACACAAGCACAGGCACAAGCCUAGCCAUAAGGGUAGGCCGCACCGACGCUACGACCAUGAUGGUGGGCAUGGCAGCCGCCACCACCAGCAGCUGCAGCAGCAACAACAGCAACAGCAGCAUCAGCCGCAGCAGCAACAACAGCAACAGCAGCAUCGUCGUCGUCGUCACCACCAUCAUGAGGAGGAAUACCAGAGCAAGGUUCAGCCGUACGAGCCAGUCUACCCCGCCGGUGUCGGCGAAGGAGAAGCACCUGUGGUGGAGGUCAUGAUGGUGCCGGAGGGCUGGGAGGAGCCAGAACAGCGACCACCGACGACAGCGACAACAACCGCAGCAACGGCAAAUGCAACUGCAGCGAGAGAGAUGACACGGCCGGUGGAGGACGAACGGAGGGACAUGCAACAGCAACCGCAGGAUGACGCCGGUGAACAACAGCCACAACCACAACAGCAACAACAGCAACAACAACAACAGCAACAGCAACAGCAGCAGCAGCAGCAGCAGCAGCAGCAAGGAAAUGGGAGUGGUUUUGAGGACCUGGGCAAACGCAGGACUCGUGUGCAUGCAAGCACAGAUGGGUCUCGUACGUCCGUCGUCACACCUGGCAGUCCAAGGCAGACGGCAGUUGGAGAGACUGAAAAAAGAGCACAACACCAACGCAAACAAGAAGGGGAAAGCAGUGGGGCCAAGGCCAUGCCGGCAGCAACAGGAGCGAACUCAAUAGCACAAGCAAUAACACCACCAACCAAACAGCUGCCACCACCCGCAGAUGUGCUUCGGCUCCUGCAGCAAACAACACCGCCACAGCAGCUGCACACCAAUCGAACCGUGUCAGAAGAACCAGACGAGGCACAGGCACGUGCACCACCAGCACUAAAUGCAGACUGGGCACAGACGGCACAGACAGCACCUGGCCCGCGAGCUAUCUCGCAACAAGAUCAGCGACGACAAGAACAACAACACCAUCAGCACCAACAGCAAGUGGCUGAUCUUCCAAAUGUGAUUGAGACCCAGUUGCUGUCUAUGGCGCUGUCGCAGCUGUCGGCCCUACAGCCGGAAGACGCGGACUCACAUGACGAGCAAGAGCGCGAUACUGAAGUAGCCGCAGCAAUCACCGGCACCCUGCCUGCUGGGCUGACGGCUCACGACAUUGAGACGCAGGUCGACGCGCUGUUGUUUGCAUACGCGCACACGGCGCUGGCAGACGUGAGUAGCCGCCGAGCGCCCCGUGACGACAGCGAAACACGCCAGCAGCAGCAGGAACAGGAACAGCCACGCACGCCAUCAGACAACGAGCAGCCCACCCUGCCUGCCACCACCGCAUCAGCCGCUGCUGUUGUCGAUGACGACGAGCUGCUGGUGGCACCACGUGGAUCGGGUGGGGGUGCACACCGCGUUCGCACGCCAUCGCCGAGCCCCACGCCCAGUGAUCUUGCCGGGCAGGCCGGCGGCGCAUUCCGCGCACCAUCCACAUCGCCCUGGCUCGAGCCGACGUCGGCGGUGCCAGCGGUGGCAGCAGCAGCACCCCCGUACCCGUUCUCGGACGAUGAAGGGCAGCAGGGCAACAGGCAGCCACAAGCGCAGCAGCAGCAACAGCAACAAGAAAGGUGGCUUGCUGGUAGGAUGGAUAUGUCUCGCACGCUCUCGAACAGCGAUGAGGUGUUGGCGCCCCUGUCGCGAUCCGAGGGGACGCCCACGCCAUCUGGUGACGAGCAGAGCGGCGGUGAUGGCGUGUCUGCAUUUGCCACGCCACACCGCGGCCAUCACACCGGCCACGCUGAUGACGGCGGCGCGCUGCUGGUGGGCUCACCAGGAGGCGGUGCUCGAACCCCACAGCAGUCGCCGUCCCAGCCCGCUGUGCAAGGUGCAGCAACAUCACCGCCACGCCCCCAGCUGGAGAGCGUUGGUGUGCAGGCGGCGCCACGGCCCUUGCAGUCGCUCCUGUCCCGCUCGCCGCCGCCGUCUGCGCUGGUUGAUGCAUCACCAACGAUGUUGCAGGCGUCACCGGUGUCAACGCCGCUGCGCUCCGAGAGCACGCCGCUUGGCGCAUCGAUGGACAGGGCUGGCGAGCAGUCGCACCUCGAAGGCGCCGGUGCUUGGACUGGCCAAGGCACUCACCUGCCAUUCCAGCAGCAGCAGCAGCAGCAACGUCAGCGCCAGGGUGGCACACCACGGCGAGGGGACGUGGCGUUGCUUAAAACGAACGAUGAGUGUGAUGUGGAGAGUGAGCCCGUCUCCCAGAGCAUGUCAUCUGUGUCAUCCGGGUGGGUGCCUGGCAGUGCUGGCCUCGACACACUCGCCAUGUUCCAGUCGACAGCACCGCGGCUGACGUCUGUGUCGUCCUCCAUGGCAUCGUCAGGCACAGCCCUGGGUGUGUCGGGCCGCCCGCGCACGUCGCCCCUCAAGCACUCGCCGCGACCGCCAACCUCGGGGCCUCGCCCGUCCAGCUCCCAAUCUGUACGGCCCCAGCGCAGGUACACGCCGAGCAAGAUACAGCCAUUGGGCGCAGCCGACCGCGGCAGUCCGGCACGCGGCACGCGCACUCGCCCCUCGCUGUCCACGCAGGAGUUGCUGGGCAUGGGCUUCCACCCUCUGGCAGCGGCUGCACGCCAGCGUGCCGCCAGCAAUGUCAGCUUCCAGAGCAACAACAGCAGCAGCAGCAGCACAAGCAGCAGCGUCAGUGUCAGUGUUAGCGUGGGCCAACAUGAGCAAAGUGACGGCAGCAGCGGUGCCCUCAACAGCAGCAGUGACGACGACGACGUUGGCGCGAUUGCGCUGGGCGGCCGCGGUUAUGGUGAUGACGUUGACGUCGACGACGAGGAAGAGAGCACGGAGGAAGGGGGCGGACCCGUGUCUGUUGUGUCGUCGGGCGAGAUUCCACCAGCCACCAUGCAGCAGCUGGCUGGAACGCUACAGCCACAGCGCCUUGGGUCCCGCGCAGUGCCCAUUGUGCCGUCGCGCCUGGGGCGUGCUGUGCAGCCGCGUCACUGCCUGCCACAGGCAAGCCCCGUUGCAGACAGCUGCAUGCCAGACCAACAGCAACGGGAGGAGGAGCGCGUUGUCUUGCUGGGCCAUCACGUCGGCAGCGGCGUGCUCGUGCAGCGGCAGCAGCGACAGCAGCGUGCGAUGCGGCGUCCUGCUGGUGGCCGUCAUGGCGGAGAUGAACACUUGGCUGGCGGUGAUGGUAGCGCUGGUGGUGAAAGGGGCCAUCUCCAUGUUGAAGAGGAGGGCGAUGAUGAUGAUGAUGAUGGGUCUGUGAGCUGUGUUGGGUCCCUGCACUCCGACACGACCGGCAGUGGCUCCUACGAUCACUUUGCUCUCUAAACUCACGUCUUUCGAUUCCGUU